GAUCAUUCUCUUUUUAUCACCAAGCAAAGAGAUCACACGGCAUAUCUUCUACUUUACGUCGAUGAUAUUAUCCUCACAGCUUCAUCCACCUCCUUCUUACAACAUAUCAUUCGAUCCUUAGCUACGGAAUUUGCAAUGACCGACCUUGGCUCACUCACCUAUUUUUGGGAAUCUCUAUCACACGCCAUCAAGAUGGGAUAUUUCUCUCCCAAUCCAAAUAUAUCUCGGACAUAUUACAACAGACCGGGAUGACCUCAUGUAAUCCUUCUGCCACACCGGUUGAUACCCAGUCUAAAUUGAGUGUUUCAGAUGGACCUCCCGUUGAUGAUCCCACAUUGUACCGUAGCCUUGCGGGGGCGCUCCAAUACCUCACGUUUACUCGGCCCGACAUUUCAUAUGUAGUGCAACAACUAUGCCUCUUCAUGCACGAUCCACGGGCCCCACAUUUUCAUGCUCUUAAAAGGGUUCUACGUUAUAUCAAAGGGACAUCUCAACUUGGCCUUCAUCUCAACUUGGGCUUACACCGACGCUGACUGGGGUGGCUACCCCGAUACUCGCCGCUCCACUUCUGGAUAUUGUGUGUUCUUAUGUGACAACCUAUUAUCUUGGUCCUCCAAAUGUCAACCAACCCUCUCUCGCUCCAGUGUCGAGGCUGAGUACCGCGGGGUUGCUAAUGUCGUUGCCGAACUAUGUUGGUUACGUAAUCUGCUGCUCGAACUUCAUCAUCGUCCUCACAAGGCUUCCGUUGUUUAUUGUGACAAUAUUAGCGUCGUUUAUCUCUCCGGCAACCCUAUACAACAUCUGCGUACAAAGCAUAUCGAAAUGGAUACACACUUUGUAUGUGAAAAAGUAGCUCGCGGUGAGAUCCGGGUUCUUCAUGUUCCGUCACGUCACCAGUAUGUUGAUACCUUCACCAAAGGUUUUCCACGUAUUCUUUUUGAUGAAUUCAGGACCAGUCUCAGCAUACGAAUGCCUCCUGCUGCAAUUGCGGGGGCGUGUUAAACCGUAGCAUGCAUGGCAUGCAUGGCACACAUCAACAGAAUGGA